AUGGACAGGUUCUUCGGAAGCGCGUACCGGGGCGACAAGGGAGUUCCUCACUCGGGCACUCAACCCUUUGAAAAUAUAUGGCUCGGGUGCGCAGCCUUCGCCAUCUUCACCUGGAAUAACCCUUACAUAUGGCACAUGACCAACCAAUUCAAUUGGCAUGACAGAGCAAUGCUGUUUGAGCAGUAUCACUGGAAGAAGGCACGUGCAAAGAACCAACCCUACAAGUUUAAGUGGAAUGAGAGGAGCAAGGCUUUUCGUGACGCGUACUACGUCAACUGGCCUCAUUACUUCCCCUGA